UCACCACACCGUGUAUGUUCCUCAUUCUAUUUGACAUUCUGAGAACAAAUAGAAAAGUGGUUACAUUUAAUCGUAGGGCUCAUCAUCUCAAACUUAGCAUUGAGUGGGCAGGUGCAGGGACUCAGAAAACACACACCUUGAGCAUAAACACAGACUAUAUAGAGGUGGGUCCACAUAUAUACACACACAUCCAGUCAUCCCACCCUUCCUGCAGGACGCCACAUAAUUACUCCUGUAAGUAAGGUGCUCCAGUUGGCUCUAAGGAGAAGAAUUCCUCCUACUCUUGGAUCUCUCACUCAUUUGCUCUCUUUCCCCUCCCUUUUGGAUUAUUCUCUUCUCUCCUAUCCUCUCUCUUAGUCUGGCACACUCUUUGGCAUGUAGAGCAUGACUCUUCAUGCUGUGCAUCUGCCAUUGAUCUGAGACCUGUGAGGAGAGACUUCUCUGCGUGGCCCCACAAGGACCACUGACCUGGGAUCAGGAAUUAUAAGCACAUAUCUCCAGGCUAGGUGGGGUGAAAACCGGGAUAGAGGGAGGAAUAGAAAGAGAGAGAACGCAUUUAACUCAGUGGUAGUAUGGAAAUGGAAAGGCUGGGGAGAGAAGGAUCCAAACCGAGUGUGGGCCCCAACACUCUCCUGAAAGCCGCGCUAGCAGUGUGUAUGUGUGUCUGCAUUGCACUACUGAUAGCUGUCAUCACGGUUGUUGAGGGCUACCUGCUUAUUUGUGUGUCACACAAAGCAAGCAAUGAUGACUUCUGCCUCACCCCACAUUGUAUCGAAGCAGCUGGUUCCAUCCUGAGUAAGAUGGAUCAGUCAGUAGAACCAUGUGAUGAUUUCUACCUGUAUGCAUGUGGAGGCUGGCUCCGGGACAACCCCAUUCCGGAAGACUCAUCCAGCUAUGGGAUUUACCCAUGGCUCAGACAGAAUGUAGACCUCAAGCUGAAAGAGUUGUUAGAGCAGCCCAUCGGAGGAGAUGAUAUUGAGGCAGUGAAGAAGGCCAAAGUCCUCUAUGUGUCCUGCAUGAAUGAAUCUGCUUUGGAGAUUGUGGAUGCAAAACCUCUGCUGAAAAAUCUAAAGCAGAAGGAAUUCCGCUGGCCGGUCUUAGGUGACGCCUUGGGCUCUUCCUCCCGGUGGGUGGAGUCUCAGUUUAACUUGCUGGAGACACUGGCGCAGAUCCGCAGUCAGCAUAGCAAGUCCGUCCUUAUUCGGCUUUUUGUCUCUCCUGAUGACAAGAACUCAAACCAGUACAUCAUCAAGCUGGAUCAGGCCUCUUUGUCACUGUCAUCCAGAGAAGAUUACAUCACCAAUACAACUGAGGCACAAAUGUACCGAGAAACUCUUUUAAGGUUGAUGGUUGACGUUUCUGUCAUGCUGGGAGCCAAUGAGCAAGAUGCUGAGGCUCAGAUGAAACCAGUACUUGACUUUGAAAUCAAACUUGCACAGAUUGUGAUCCCAUAUGAGAACCGCACCAGUGAGAACAUGUACAACAAGUACACCUUGUCCAAACUGCAGCGUACUGUUCCAGACUUUAACUGGCUGGGUUUUGUCAGAGCAGUGAUUGACACUGAGCUGUACCCAGACCUGAAAAUCUCUUCUUCGGAGCAGGUUAUUGUACGUGCCCCACAAUACUUUAAAGACCUCUUCAAACUCAUCAACACCACAGAAACCAGGACAGUUGCCAAUUAUGUCAUAUGGAGAUCAGUUUUUUCCAGAAUCACCACGUUGAGCCGACGCUUUCUCUACAGAUAUCUGGACUUUGCUCGGGUUACCACGGGGACCACCUCUCUGACCCCUCGCUGGGACAAGUGUGUGAAUUAUGUAGAAAACACACUCAUCUAUGCCACCGGUAGGCUCUUUGUCGAUAAGCAUUUCCAGGAGGACAAGAAACACAUGAUGGAGGAAUUGAUAAAUGGUAUCCGAUGGGCAUUUAUUGACAUGCUUGAGAAGGAGAAUGACUGGAUGGAUAAAGAAACAAAGAGAAAAGCAACAGAAAAGGCUCAUGCAGUCUUGGCGAAAGUGGGUUACCCAGAGUUCAUCUUAAAUGACACCUAUAUUAACGAGGACAUCAAACGAUUGUCAUUCAGUGAGACGGACUACUUUGGGAAUGUCAUGCAGACCCUGAAGUUCAUAGCUCAGUCUGACAUCGGCUGGCUGAGGAAAACAGUCCCACGCACAGAGUGGUUCACCAACCCAACAACAGUAAAUGCAUUUUACAGCUCCUCUACCAACCAGAUCAGAUUCCCUGCGGGAGAACUUCAGAAGCCAUUUUUCUGGGGACUUAACUACCCUAGAUCUUUGAGCUAUGGAGCGAUUGGUGUAAUUGUGGGGCAUGAACUGACCCAUGGCUUUGAUAACAAUGGCAGGAAAUACGACAAAGAUGGGAACCUGGACCAGUGGUGGAGCAACUCCUCAAUCACGCGCUUCACUGAAAAGACACAGUGCAUAAUUGACCAGUACAACAGUUAUUACUGGAAAGAGGCGGGACUAAAUGUCAAGGGGAAGAGGACUCUGGCAGAGAACAUUGCUGACAAUGGAGGGAUGAGAGAAUCUUUCAGGGCCUAUAGGAGAUGGAUUGAAAAAGAGAGAGCAGGAGUCGAGGAGCCUCUCCUACCUGGUGUGGGUCUGACCAACAACCAGCUGUUUUUCCUCAGUUAUGCUCAUGUUCGCUGUAAUGCCUACAGACCAGAAGCAGCACGUGAUCAGAUCCAGAGUGGAGCUCACAGCCCUCCUAAAUAUAGGGUUAUUGGGGCGAUGAGCAACUAUGAAGAGUUCCAUAAAGCUUUUAACUGCCCUGAGACGUCAAUCCUGAACAGGGGAAUGAAGUCCUGUCGAGUGUGGUAAUGAAAAAGAGGACCCUGUGAAGAUUUCAAUCACAGCACAAACCAAACCUCCCUAUUUUGUCCCAUUCACUGGUUUCUUAUAGUGAAACAGCAGUUACUAACACUGAAUCCUGGGGCCAUGCUGACGACUGAGCACCUAGCCCUCCUUCAGCCACUGGAACACUGUAGAUAAAAUGUACAGUGCCAACAAACCUGAGUGUUUCAGCCAGAUCUGCAUUUUACUGUCUGACCUCAAUUAAAAAUGUGCAAAUGCCAAACGGACCAUAAAAUUACUUUGAGGCCUUUGUUUGAUUCAUCACUGUUUUUUACACAAACAAAUUAGGUCACACUGUCGCUUUAAGAGUGCUAUAAAUUAUUAUUGUAAUUUUCGUUGUUGUUGAUAACAGUUAACAUUGUCUGUCAUUUGAUUUUAUUGAAAACGCAAGUAAAUAAUUAGUGUUUUCCUGA